AUGAAAAUUAUGGCCGUGAUUCCAUAUCAACUAUAUUUGUGGCGCUUUCGGCGUGCAUAUCCUGUCAACUGGGUCACUAUCCAAACUGGCUAUUCUUUCAGUGCUUUUGUGCCAUUGCGUUGUUUUAUUGCGCACACUGGCAGACGUAUGUGUCUGGAACGAUGCGCUUCGGCCGCAUCGAUGUAACUGAGGCUCAAUUCUCCAUCAUUGCUAUACAUUUGGUUUCGGCCGUGCUGGGGCCCGAGAUUUGGCUGACGAAGAUGCCUUAUCUUGAGUGUGAAACACGCUGCUUGCCGUUUUAUAUGGCCAGUGGAGUUGACUUCAGUUUAUCCAUUUUAAACGAGGGCUGUGGGAAGAAUGGAUCAUCUGUUGCAAUAGCGCACAUGACCAAAGCGGAGAUGGAGUAUCUGGACUGGUCGCUGCUGGGUCCUGCUUUAUUGUUCCUGAAUCAGUACUUUAACUGUAUUGUACCAGAGAUUUGGCUGCUUUGGUUUACGCUAGCCUGGGGCACACAGGAUCUUCUGCGCUACUGUGCGCAGGUUUGUCUAGAAAUUUGCCAGCAUCUGCGCAUCGAUCUAUUCAGAAUACCGUAUGGCCCUAAGGUGUUAAACACCUCUUCGGUGGGCAGCCAGAGCAACGUUGGAGCUGAUAAAAAUGGUGGCACAUCACAUAGAAAGUCAAAAAGCAAAGCGCACUAAAUCAAUGUUCGCUCCUGUUUCAUUAAAAUUCACAUAUUUUUCAAAUAUUUACGGUAUUAGCGCAAGCUAAACAAAUUUUAAACUCAACCCAACUAAAUUUACCGUCGAAAUGUUAAAGCAUAACAAAUUAUAGCAUAAUUAAUUUAUAAAUGUUGUAACAAAAAAAAAGCUGCAGG